AUGCCGCUUUCUAUCACGAAUUCUGAUCGUCAUUUUCGGCGAAGUGGUACGCUAAAUUCUCAACACAAGCAAACCCUAGCUACAAUUACCGGGGGCUACAUAAUCCCCGAUUUAUUGGGAACAGAAGUUCACACUCCUUCAUACUCAAGCAGUGGCACAGAUUAUUACUGCUCAUAUUCAUCUGUGGGGAAUAGUGAUCGUCAUGCCUUCUUGCCAACUCUGGUUCCCCGGAUGAGGAGGCACAAAGGUAGCCAUGGUCUCUUAGUUGAUGAGAGGACAGCUCUAAGACAUCUUUCUGAAGCGGAUGAAGAGGAAGAAGGUACAGAAGGGGAAUUGGAUAAAGGGCAGGAGGAAACAGAUACUCUCAAUCCCUCUUCUUUUGUGGAAGUUCACAAUCAUAGUAAACAUCACUCAUCCGCACACUCUGUAUCAGUUAUCAGUAACUUGAUGGAGAAAAGUGAUUUACUGCGCCGACCGAUGUCUCUAAUGCUUCCGCAUGCACGGAAGGUAAUAAAUUGGGCUACUAGACCUUAUCUGGCCUCUUCUGUGCCUUAUAUUCAUUUCUCAAAGUACUUUGAUGAAGAGAUAUUCAAUGAAUCUGGUUCAGGAGAGUAUCGACUGGAUCGGAAGCCGAGGCAAGGGUCUGCUUAUUCGCCGGAUCAAGUGGCUGGCGGAUUUGUGGAAGAUCUUCCAAUAAAUAGAAAACCAGAAGGGAAACUCACUCUCGGUGUUCCUAUUCCUGAGGAUGGUGGCGAAGUAGAUGGAGAAAAUGGUGAGUUGUCUUAUUGCCAUGACACACAAGGCGUUGUGGAUAAUACACCAGAGAAUCCCGACCCCCUUCACUACUCUCGGAGUCUUGGAGGAAAGCGCAGCUCUCGAGGAGAUGGAGUUGGAGGUCGUAGAGGAGGUGAUAUCUCUGUGAGCAUGAUGAGUACUCGUUCGAUGAUUCAGGGUUCGGUAAUCACCUUCCGAGAUGUUGAGUAUGUGGUGCCUGUGAGGAAGAUGCCUUGCGCGAAAGUUAAUAAGAAAGUGGUGUUGAAUGGAGUGAGUGGAAUCAUGCGUCCAGGAGUGAAUGCUAUCAUGGGACCCACUGGUUGUGGUAAAUCAUCGCUGCCUUGUUUUCCCUCAAUACGAGCUUCCACUCUUUUUUCAAUGGAAGCUCAUGGAUUGGCAGAAUUGUUUACUGUUGUAGACGAUAUUCUCAUGGGAACAUUGACAGUACGCGAGUCUCUCUAUCUCGCCGCGAUGCUGAAGAGGAAGAAAGGCUACUCAUUAUCUGAGACCAGGGAGAAAGUCAAUGAGAUUCUUGAUGAACUGGGAUUAACGAAAAUCGCUGACAGCAAGAUUGGAACGGAGUUGAUUAGAGGUAUUUCGGGUGGAGAGAGGAAGCGGACGAGUAUUGGAAUGGAAAUCAUUGCAGAUCCGUCCGUGCUCUUCUUAGAUGAGCCUACAACAGGACUUGAUGCAUUUACUGCUGGCAGCGUCAUUCAAACCUUGAAGACGCUGUCUCAACGCGGGCGAACAAUAAUCCUCUCCAUCCAUCAGCCGAGAUACUCAAUCUACAAGUUAUUUGACUCCCUUACGUUAAUGUCCAAUGGUCGAAUAGUCUACCACGGCCCGGCUCGUAAUGAACCGGUGAAUUACUUCUCUAGACUAGGGUACAUAAUUGAAGACCACAAUAAUCCGCCCGACUUUUUCCUGGACAUUCUCCACGGCGAGGUUAAACCUAUCAGCAAGUCAAGAGAGCGUACGUUUCCAUUAUCCUCAAAAGUCUACUUUAUUAAUCGAACUUCAAACACUGCAAGCUAUGCUAAGCCUGAAUCACUGCGGAAAAUUGGGUAUGCAGCCUCCUUUCCACGAGAACUGCUUAUUGUCUGUUGGAGAACCACGCUGACUUUGAUUCGUGAUCCUCAGGCUUCGAUAGUUCAAACACUCGUCUACCUCUUUUUCGCAGUGGCGAUGGGAGUUGUCUACUUCGGUCUGGACAAUUCCCUCGAAUCUGGACUCCAAAAUCGUUCCGGUCUCUUCUUUUUCGCAACCCUCCAAGUCGUCUUUGUAAACAUUGGAUCCAUUGAAUUAUUCCUCAAAGAGCGGGCUAUAUUUAUCCAUGAACACUCGAGUGGUUACUAUCGCGUGUCGUCGUAUUUCCUAGCGAAGUUGAUUUGCGAUGUGCUGCCAACGAAAGCACUCCCUGUGCUCUUCUUCAUGCCCAUCACUUACUGGAUGGCAAAACUCUAUCCGGAUGCUGGAAAAUUCUUCUUUUUUGAAUUCAUCUUGGUUCUCAGUACCGUGGCAGCAGCUGCUGCAGCUAUGGCUGUAUCAGCUAGUGUCACUCUCUUUUCAAUUGCCAAUGUCAUCAUCUCCAUUCUCUUUGUGUUCAUGAUGGUAUUCGGAGGCUUCCUGAUCAACUUGGAGGCCAUGGCCAGCUGGUUGAGUUGGCUUCGUUACUUUUCCAUUUUCAAUUACACAUUUGGUGGUCUUCUUGUCAACGAAUUAUCUGAUUUAACCUUCUGCCCUACCACAAACAGAUCAACGCCAACUUUCAAUGAUACCCGAACCUGUGAAUCCGGCCGCGUUUACUUGGACACUUUGGGAUAUGCCAAUGCGAAUCCCUGGGAUCUAUGGUUAAAUGUUGUUGGACUCGGUGUGAUAAUAGUAACCUUUUUCCUUUUGUGUUAUAUCCUUCUACGCAGUAUCAACACUUACAAGUAG